AUGAACAGGCGAACUCUUUCCAUUCUCUUGGCUUAUUGCCUAGUGAAUUGGUUUUGCAUACACGUACUUCUUGUCUCGGCAGAGGAAGAUGACGCAGAGAGAGUACCUCCCACAACAACAACAAUCGUCACCUCAACACAAGAACAGGAGGAUUCUAUAGAAAUCCCCAAAAAUGACGGCGACAGCCCGUCAGAAGCCAAUGAUACUUAUUAUCCAGAGGACGAAUACCGAUUGCAGGACGGACAGCCCGAUUCUCCAGCAGAAGACAGGAUACCCCCUAGAAGAUCAUCAGAUGAUGAGGAGGACGAUGAUGACGUAGGAAUAGGAGACGAGACACCCGAGAAUUCGGAGAAGGGAAAGGAAGGUCACAUGCCCAUUACACUGGAAGCAGAUGUUCGCAGUGCCGUGACACCGGAAAUGGACGACGAAAGGCACGAAGACGACCAUACUAUCGCCGGCCAACACCAUGAGGAUUCGAUUGUUUUCGAUACCGAUACCGAUACAAAUACCGAUGCCGAUGAUACCAGAGUUAUGCUAGACAAUAACAAAGAAGAGGAGCAAGCAGACCUCUGGAAGGGGGAGGCAGAAGAAGGUGAUAACCCUGUCGAGACUUAUACAAGAGGAAAUAUCGAUGAAAGAGAAGAUGAAUCGAUACUAAAUGCGGAUGAAGAAAACGAUGAGCACGAUGGUACCAGGGAUUCAAUCGGAGAAAUAGAGGACGAUGGGGGUGAGGAUAUUUUAGAGCCUGUUAGAUCCAGAUCGGGCACCUCAAAUGAUGACAAUAUCGUUGAGGUCAAUGAUGGCGAGGGGGAAGGCGAAAUGAAGUCUGCGACCGACGACGAUACUAUUGACACCAUUGACGAGACAACGUCAUCAAUGGACGAACAAGCUACAAACACCGAAGACGUUAGAAAGAACAGCGAACAAGGAGGCGACUUUUCCUUGGCCGAGGAACAGGUUGCAGAAGAUUUGGAGGGUCACACCGAGACAAGCACCGACACAGAUUACGAUUACAGCGACGACGCGAUGCCUACCACAGACGCCAACAUGGGCGAAACGAAUGAGGUUGGUAAAGUAGAACCCGAGGGAGACAUCAGCAGAGUUGAAAGCACCACCGCCGAAGUGCCGAAAGCUGGUUUGGAAGAUUUCGAAGAUAGCACCGACAGUACCACAACAACAGAAAUUCCUUUACCGGUGGAGGAACUAUCUGCAUCCAAAAUCGAGGACGAGGACGACAUCCUCGAUCUCGAUGAGGAAAAUGAUGUUACCGCAACGGGCGACAUUAGAAUGGAUGACAAAAUAUUGGAUACUCCGUCAGUGGAACACGAAGAAGAAUCUACCCAGCCAGCUAGCCCGAAUGGAAGCAUUGAGGAAAAUAGCGACGAGGCCUCAAAUGCUCAAUCCUCAAGCGACGGUUCGCACGGCCGAUCGUGUCGAGGCAUUUGGGGAACACCAAAGGUCGGUGCUAGGCCACCAGAUAUGGAACUACUAUACCAUGUUUUUGAGAGUCGAAUACAAAAGCAACUUGGGAUAGGCCCUAUACCAGAAAGUCAACUCAGAGAAAAUUUAUUUCCACUUGGAAUCGGGUUUGAUGAAGCUUCUAUUACAGACGAUGAAAGAACACCAGACGAAACUGCUGGAAAUCCAGCGGCGCAGGCUAAAGAUGUGAACUCCGAUUUUGUCGAAGGACUUGAUGACAUUGACAAAUUUUUUGAGGGGGUAGACCCUCCUGACGAGCUUGACGUUGGUGCAUCUGGUUCAUCCAUGCAAGAUAUGCUCAUGAAGAAAGGCAAAGAAAUUUUGAUAAAACGCUUUUGGUUGGGUUUCAAAAUUGUGCAUAAUGGGUUUGUGGCAGCAAAAGGCAAAGUCUCGGCUCGACUUUCUGCACUCAAGGAGAACGAUGUAGAUAUUAAAGCGAUUGCGAAAACCGCUUGGUCAAGAACCACAAAGACAUACGAGUCACUAGUGGAAUUUGUCGAUGGAGUGCUCGAUUUUGGAAGCAGCGAUGAAGAAGCAGAGGACUUUGAAUCCUUUAAGAAAAUGGCAAUGGAAGACUUGCAACGGGAUAAUUUCAUAUCAACAGAACGAUAG